AUGUCUGUCCAACGCCCAGGCUUCCCACUCUCCUUUGAACCGUUCUCUCCAACUCCCUCGGACACAGUUGUCUGGUCUUCAGACUCUGAAAGCGAGAUCGACGAUGCUUCUCGCACUGCAAAAAGGAGAAAAAUCGAACACCUGGCUAGGGAGUAUUUAGAAGGAAAACCGCUGUUCAUCUUCAGCGCCAGCCUGAAGGGACCUUUCGACAAAGGAUGGGCGAACCCAUGGAAACAGGACCGGAGAUUAUUAGGGGAACAAGCUGCCGAAUGUCGGGAUGAAGGGGCGUCAAUAAACCCUACCGGUAUCACACUUGAAUCACCCAGGAGUGCCCGAUCUCAUGGUCCACCUACCCUCGCGAACCGCUGCCAUUCAGAUACCCAGGUACAAAACUCAGAGACGUAUCAAGAAUGCAGAGAUAGCGCAGAUGAAGAACGAAAAGCGAGUGGACGACCUAUGGACGCGACGCGGCCUACAUCUAAUCCGCUAUUUGCGCCUGAGCGUAUCUCAAUAGGCUCCCGUUCCUCAAUAGAAAAGAAUCAAGGCGCAUCGCGCCAUCCAUCGACCACUAAGUGGCUCAAAAAAGAUCGUACGAAACUUGAUCGCCACGCAACGGAUCGUCCUCGCUCUCCUAGCCCAACACCUGCUCCUCGGUCUGUGAGGGAUAUUUCACAAACCACAGUACAAAACCGAUGCUCAUUCGGCCACACAAAUACGAUGCUCGGUAGCCGAACUCCUAAUGCGACCGAGGUCCGUGUGCCUGGCUUCACUCCAAUCAAUCGUCAUGUACGCAACGCCACGUCCUCUCCAAUCGCUGCUCCAGUCACAGCAGCGUCACGGAAGAAGCCAAGGAAAUCGGGUGCCAAAACCAACAUGGAGCCCCGAGGAGCAGCUUCUCCAUAUUCCAAAAAAUCGACAUCUCCGCGACCGCGCUCUUCCGGUGGACCUUGCAAUAAUGGUGACCGUGCGGUAGUACAUAUGGCCACCGCCACAACCAGUGGAAAAGGAUCUACUAACCAAGAGGAGCCUUUCGCUACAAGCGAUACCAUGCCUGACUCGUUCAAAUAUCACCGUGUCGCUCGCCAAGCCUCAAAACAGAAGCGCAUAACAAGCAAGGUCACCAAGUCGGACUUUAGCCACGGUCAUUCCUCCUCAAAGGCGAAUGAGGAAAAGCCAAAGAAACCGACUCCCAGUUUGAUGUCAAACGCCAGCGCGGGGCCCAUGUUGUCAGGGCCGGUUGAGUGUCAAGAACAUAUCUCAACCAGUGUAUCUCUCAAUCUGCCGUCGGCACAGGUUAUACCCGAUCAAGCAGCAUACCAGAAUCAAAUGAUUUCCCUUCAUUCGACUGAAUAUGCCGCUACAAAUGGCAUGCUCAUUAGUCCAGCCCGGGACGGCUUGGAUCUAUGGUCAACACAGGCUGCGCUACCUAUCGCGCAGAAAUCUCUUCAAGAUGACUCCGUUAAUCCAGAAAUUAAGGGUCAAGGAGACCAAACGAAAGAUCGAAAGUCGUUACAAAGAUCAGAUACUGAAAAUGGUGUGAACGGCCAAAUCACUCCGUUUCAAUCUUUCUACACACCUCGAAAACGAAAUGCUUCGGAUCAUGCCCAUCCCGCGACGCAAGGGCCUAGCAGCACACAUGCAAUAAUCAAUGAAAUCACUCCCUAUGAUGUUAGUACGGCGAAGAAAGCUCAAUUUGAACAUAACUCGCCAGGCUCUAACCUCCACUCUCAUCCACAAAGAGACGACUUCGACGGGCAUAACAAAACUAGUUCAGAGCCUCAUGCAAAGCCUGUACACCCGCGCGGCCAACCCAGUAUACGCCCAGCAUCUAACCACUCGAACGAAGCACCCAAAGCCAGUAUUCCAUAUGAGGACUUUUCACGUGAAUCUUCGGGCACAGCUCUGCCUUUUACGUUACCGUCAACGAACGGAACAAGACAACAUGAUGGUCAGGGAUUCAUCGCCGGGUUAGGCAACUUUGACCUGGAUCAAGCUAUUGCGGAUGCAGGAAGCUUCCUCCAGAGUUGGGAACUACAUGCAGAGUACUACGCGCAAUACUUGAGAAUCGAUUUGCCUUAG